AUGUCUGCGGAAUACAAGUUAAAGGUCGGUUUAGCACAGAUGCUGAAAGGUGGUGUUAUCAUGGAUGUGGUCACUCCAGAGCAGGCAAAGGUUGCGGAAAGAGCAGGUGCUUGCGCCGUUAUGGCGUUGGAGCGUAUUCCAGCGGACAUGAGAAAAUGUGGGGAAGUUUGCAGGAUGUCUGAUCCCCAGAUGAUCAAGGAUAUUAUGGAUAGUGUUUCGAUUCCUGUGAUGGCUAAGGUGAGAAUUGGCCACACCGUUGAGGCGGUGAUCUUGCAGGAAUUGGGUGUAGACUACAUCGACGAAAGUGAGGUGUUGACACCAGCUGAUAUGUCGGAUCACAUCAAAAAGAACGAUUAUAAGGUUCCUUUUGUUUGUGGUGCGAAAACCCUUGGUGAAGCGUUGAGGAGAAUUAACGAGGGUGCUGCAUUUAUACGUUCCAAGGGUGAAGCUGGAACAGGAGAUGUCAGCGAGGCGGUGAAACACAUCAAAUCGAUUUACUCUCAGAUUGCUUGGUGCAAGGAGAAUCUUGUAACUAAGGAAGAUUUUGAAAACCAUGCCAAGGAGUUGCGUGUUCCAGUUAGCUUGCUAGAACAGACUGUUGAAUUGGGCAAAUUGCCUGUGGUUACCUUUGCUGCAGGUGGUGUGGCUACACCAGCUGAUGCUGCUUUGUUAAUGCAAUUGGGUUGCGAAGGUAUUUUCGUUGGAUCUGGAAUCUUUAAGUCCUCAAACCCAGAGAAAUUGGCCCGUGCUAUUGUCCAGGCUACUACGCACUAUGCUUCUCCAGCUAAGCUACUAGAGGUAUCUCGUGACUUGGGAGUUGCCAUGCCAGGCACUACCAUUGCUUCAAUUACGAAGGAGAAUGGUACAAGAUUAUCCGAAAUUGGUUGGUAA